AUGGCACUUGAGUGGUUUUUGGAAAUGUCGCCUCUGUGGCGGAUCCAGAUCAUAACCGCGAUGGUAACGCCGUUGUGUCUAUAUUGGCUUGUUUCGAGAUACGGUAAGACGAAGCAGAAUAAUAGACAUCAUUCUCCACCCUCAAUUCGGCAGCGUGAUCCUAUUUUUGGGCUGGACUUGUUCUUGCGGCUGUUUAAGGCUCUGCGAGAAAAUCAUCGAAAUAUGACCAUUGUCCAAAUGUUUGCCGAGUAUGGUCAUACUUUUCAGUCAUGCUCUUGGUUCUCGACGAAAGUCUAUACAAUAGAACCAAAGAAUCUGCAAGCCAUCUUCUCCACGGACUUCGUCAAUUGGGGUGUCGGGCCUAUGCGCCUCUUCGCAUUUCGACCCUUUGUUGGGGAGGGCAUCAUGUGCACGGAUGGAAGAUCUUGGGAAUCAUCGCGAGCUCUGAUUAAGCCAACUUUUACUCGAACCAAUAUAGCCAAUAUGCAUCUCUCGGGUUUCUCAAUCCACGUCCAGCGCCUCAUCGAUCUCUUACCACGCGAUGGGACCACUGUUGAUCUGCAACCCUUAUUUGCCAGGCUGGCACUAGAUGCUUCGACAGACUUCUUAUUUGGGCAAGCGGUUGGCAGCUUAGCCCCUGGAGGCGCACCUAUUGAAGCCAAGGCCUUCCUUCAGGCAUACACUUAUGGCCAAUAUACAGUGGGACGAAGGCUGCACCUGCCACAGUGGAACUUUUUGACUUCAAACAGACAGUUCAAGAACGCAUGCGAAGUAGCACACGAGUUUGUGGACAUAGCCAUUGCAAGAGCGCAGCAUUUCGUUCAAGCGAAGAGAUCAAAAGAAAACCUUGCGGAACGCCAUGUUCUAGCAUACGAACUAGUUGAGAGGUGCAAAGACAAAAUGCAAGUCCGCAAUCAGUUGCUCAACGUGUUCCUACCUGCACAUGAAGCAGUUGGAGUCGCGCUGACAAACAUCUUUUUCCACCUCGCCCGUAACCCACUAGUAUACCGAAAGCUUCGUGCGGAGAUACUUCAAACGACCGAAUACAAGGUUCCUUGGACAUUUACACGACUCAAAAGCCUCAAGUAUCUCCAGUAUGUCAUCAACGAGACUUUCCGACUGAACCCAGCGAUUGGAACGACAACGCGUAUGGCCUUGCGCAACACGUUUUUACCGACAGGAGGUGGUCCCACAGGCUACGGCACAUCACCCAUUUUCAUAAGAAAGGGCGACACUGUCACCAUCAGUCUUUAUGCGUUGCAUAGACGCCAAAGUGUCUUUGGCGCCGAUGCCAAUAUCUUCAGGCCCGAAAGAUGGGAAGGUCUCCGCCCACCACACUGGAGUUACAUCCCCUUUGGCGGAGGCCCAAGAGUGUGUCCAGGGCAAAAUUUGGCAUUAACAGAGGUCGCCUUCGCUAUCGUCAGGAUUAUCCAGAAUUUCAAAUCUAUCAUCAACCGUGAUCCCGUUCUCGACUUUGUUGAAGUGUACAAGAUCACUACGGAUAGCGGCAACGGGGCGCUUCUUUCGCUGACGCCGGCGUAA